UAUGAGAGCUAUGGGGUUUCAAGAGAUAUCAUUAUCAUUCUUCACCUUCACUCUUUUUCUUCUAAUCACCCUCUUCCCUUCAAUCUCAUCUUCUCAGCCAAAACCUGUGGAUUCCCAUGGAUUGGUGUUUCUAAAAAACCUUAUUGGAUGCAAGAAAGGUGACAAAGUGGAAGGAAUUCACCAAAUGAAGAAAUAUCUUCAUCAUUUUGGCUACUUGAAUGAUGUUCAUAUUCAUUCUAAAUCUAAUGAGGAUGAGUUCGACGAGAUCCUAGAGUCUGCUAUCAAAACGUACCAAAUCAACUACAACCUCAAGGCCACAGGAACUCUCGAUAACACGACGUUGGCUCAAAUUUUGAAAUCUCGAUGUGGGGUUGCGGAUAUUAUCAACGGCAAGACGAGGAUGAAAUCAGGAACCAAAGUGGUGAAUCAACAUAGAAAAAUAAGUGGUCCUUUCCAUGAAGUUUCUCACUUUGCUUUCUUUGAAGGAAGCCUUAAAUGGCCUGAUUCCAAAUCCCACCUUACUUACGGAUUCCUCCCAAAAACUCCAUCAAAGGCGGUAGAUCCGGUGAGUCGAGCAUUUAGGACGUGGGCUGCAAACACUCACUUCAGCUUCUCCCAAGAAUCUGAUUAUGAAAGUGCAGACAUCAAAAUAAGUUUUGAAAGGGGUGACCAUGGAGAUGGCUCUCCCUUUGACAGUGUUGGAGGAGUGUUAGCUCAUGCUUUUGCCCCCACAGAUGGGCGAUUACAUUUCGAUGCCGUCGAGCAUUGGGCCAUCGGCGCCGUACCUAAUUCCUACGAUGUGGAGACGGUGGCGCUGCAUGAGAUCGGACACCUUCUCGGCCUUUAUCACAGCUCUGUCGAAGGAGCGAUUAUGUGGCCGUCGAUCAUGGGAGGAACUACCAAGGGUUUACAUGCUGAUGAUAUUGAAGGCAUUAAGGCUUUAUACACUUCUACUUCUUGAGUUACUAUUGACUUUAAUUUAGUAUUACACUUCUAAAUUAGUUCUUUCUUCACUUAUAAUUCAUUUAUAUAGUUAAUUUUAUUUGUUGUAAUGAGAGUUGUCAAGUUUUAUUAUUUUAGUUAUCAAAACAAUUGUUACAUACGUAAUUGUUUUGAUCAAUU